ACUCUAAUAUUAAAUAUUUUCGCCAACAUUUCUUCAUACUAUGAUACUAUGAUAUGUUAAGUGAGUCAUAUUAUGAAAAAAUCACGAGAAUAGCAUCAAAAAUGACUAAUAAUAUACUUAGUCACGGUAUAAGUGUUGGUGUUCUUUAUGGGCUCAGUACAUGGCAGGCAGACUAUACUUCAAACAGACCAAUUCAUGAGAAACUUGAAGAACUUGAUGAAAAGAUCUCUAAACUCGAAGAGAAGAAAUAAACGAAAGCAGACCAGUCGAAAAAAAAAAUAAGGGAUAAAAUUGAACGUACCUUCUAAUAUGCGCAAAUAUGCGCAAGAAACGUUAAAAUUCAACAAAAUUU